CCAAAGGGCAAUGUCUCCUCUUUGUGUUUAGCUGUUGAACAAUGGCUGGAAGUUGGUGUUUGGUUCAGAUUUCGUUGGUCUGUGCUUUCUGUCAUGCUGUUCCACAGUGGAGUAAGUCGCUUCAGGAUGCUCAAGCUCUGAUGAUGCAGCAGACUGACCAGCAGUUUCAGCUCCAGCAGACUGACCAGCAGUUUCAGCUCCAGAAGCCAGUUCAACAGCUAACUAACCAACAGUUUCCGCUUCGGAAGCCAGUUCAACAGCUAACUAAGCCGCAGUUUCCACUUCAGAAACCAGUUCAACACCUACCUAACCCGCAAUUUCCACUUCAGAAGCCUGUUCAACAGUUAACUAAGCCGCAGUAUCCGCUUCAGAAGCCUGUUCAACCGCUAACUAACCAGCAGUUUCCGCUUCGGAAGCCAGUUCAACAGCUAACUAAGCCGCAGUUUCCGCUUCAGAAGCCUGUUCAACAGCUAACUAACCAGCAGUUUCUACUUCAGAAACCAGUUAAACAGCAGUUUCAGAAGCCAGUAGUGCAGGCAGAGCCCUUUGAUAAAUGUGUAGCUGUAGCUGAUUCUGAGCAGAUCCAAUGUGGUCUACCUGGGAUCAGUGGUGCUGAGUGUGAAGCUAUCAACUGCUGCUUUAACGGACAGCAGUGUUUCUAUGGAAGGGCGGGUAAGUGUUCUCAAUCUUAUUCCGUUCGUGUCAAACUGAUUCUCUGAAUUUAACCUGCUCUUGUACCUUGUUCUAGUGACCGUCCAGUGUAUUAGAGAUGGUCAGUUUGUGGUAGUGGUGUCUAGAGAUGUUACUCUGCCUCGACUGAGUCUGGAUACGGUUCAUCUACUGGGUGGAAAUGACCCACCUUGUGCUCCUGUGGGGUCUACACCUUCCUUUGCUAUAUACCAGUUCCCUGUGACCGCAUGUGGCACGAGCGUGAUGGUGAGCAGCUGCUA